AUGGUUGCGCCAGCGACGCCUGCCGCGCAGGCGCACCUGCUGCGGUCACUGGUGCAGGACUGCAUCGCCAAGCACCUCUACCCCACGGCGGUGUUCUUUGCGGAUAAGCUGGUUAGCCUCACCAGCUACAGCGCAGCCGAUGUCUUCCUGCUGGCGCAGACUUACUAUGUGAGCCGUCAAUUCCGCCGCGCGGCGGUGCUGCUGCGCCAGCACGCCCCAAUGGCGGACGCCCGGUUCCAGUACCUGGCGGCCAAGUGCUUGUCAGAGGUGGCCGAGUGGGACGAGGUGCUGGUGCUGCUGGCGGACGCGGAGCCUGACGACCUCGCGGCCAGUCAGUCCCCCUCCGCCGGCGCCGGCCCCGGCGCUGGCCGCGAGGUCUCCGGCCCCGCCGCCGCCUGCCUCCUCCGCGGCCGCGCGCACGAGGCGCUGGACAACCGCGCCGCCGCCGCCCAGUGGUACCGCGCCGCGCUGCGCCUCGACCCCUUUUGCGAGGAGGCGCUGGCCGCGCUUCUGGACCACCACCUGCUGACUAAUGCGGAGGAGCUGGCGCUGGUGGAUGGCCUCAGGCUGCCGCAGGAGCACCGGUGGCUGCGGCUGCUGUACCGCUGCCGCUGCAAGAAGUACAACCAGGGGGCGUCCAUGGAGCAGCAGCUGGCGGAGCUGGAGGCGCCGCUUGGCGUGGGCUGCUACUACAUGGCGGCGCGGCACUUUGAGGCGGCGCGGCGCUACUUUUCAAAGGCCACCAGCCUGGACAGGAACAGCGCGCACGCCUGGGUUGGCUUUGGGCACGCGUUUGCAGCGCAGGACGAGAGCGACCAGGCCCUCGCUGCCUACCGCACCGCCGCGCGCCUCUUCCCGGGCCUGCACACGCCCGUGCUGGGCAUGGGCAUGGAGUACAGCCGCAUGAACAACCUGGGGCUGGCGGAGAGGCUGUUCCGCGCCGCGCACGCGCUGUGCCCGGACGACCCGCUGGUCUGCCACGAAAUCGGGGUCCUUGAGUACCGCAACGGCCGCCACGCCGCUGCGGAGCGCUGGCUGCGCGCCGCGCUCGCGGCGACGCCGCGCUCGGGCGGUGGCGGCGGCGGCGGCGGCGGCGGCGCGCUCCCCGCGGCGGCCGAGGCGACGCUGCUCGCGCUCGGCCACGCGCGGCGGAAGCUGCGCGACUUUGGCGGCGCUCUGGAGGCGUACCGCGGCGCGCUCGCGCUCGCGCCCAACGCGGCGAGCACGCACGCGGCGGUGGCGUUCGCGCUGCAGCUGUCGGGGGACUGCGCGGGCGCGGUGCGGGAGUAUCACAUCGCGCUCGGCCUGCGGCCGGACGACGCGUUUGCGCAGGAGAUGCUCGGGGAGGCGCUGCGGGAGGAGUGCGCCCGGGCGAGCGCUGAGCUGGACGACGGUGGCCUAGGGGUGUAA